AUGGAGGGCGAAGCGGUCCCAAGAGACAUUCUCGUGGACUUGGAGGAAGCUGAGAUAUCCAAUGUUCGUGAAGUUCUAUUCGAUACGACUCGGACCCUCCCGCAAGCGCUACGGAACACCUGGCAAGGCAUGGGAAACAGCGUGGCGAUGACCCAUGGCUACACUGGACGUCAGCUUAGAUUUUCGGAGCUCCUCGAGGCCGUCAACCGGUUGGCGAACGCCUUCCAUGCUGAAGGUCUCCGCCAAGGUCAAGCGAUUCUUGUGCUGGCCCACAGCUCGCUCGAGGUCUACAUGGCCCUUUUCGCGGCCUGGUUCAUUGGUUGCGUCACAGUUCUCGCGAGUAGCUCAUGGUCAUUCGCCUAUCCUUUUCCUCAUUCCAUCACGCCUAAAUCAAAACUCGACGGUGAAGGAACCAUCUCGAAGGUACUUGAGCGAUGCAAAAUGGAAUUCGUGAUCGCAGAUGGGACCUCCAUAUCCCUCGUGACAAAACUCGCGGAUUUGACCCAUGCUAAUUUCAAGCGAAUAUUCUACACUGACGACCCACUCUCAAUUCCGAUGAUGCUGCAAUCUUGCUCUGGGGAGCAACUGACUGAUAUCGGAUUUCCUGUAGAAUGUCAUCCGGAGGAUGUCCUUUUCGUUGCUUUUACAUCGGCAACUACCGGCGAGCCUAAACCGGUCCCCGUGACUCAUUUCAGCUUUCUUGCGAUGACUGCCGUUUCCUUGGAUUGUGGUUUAUACGGCACGGACAAACACCUCCUGGUGUGGGCGCCCCCUCAUCACAUCGCGGGGAUCACCGUCACGACCGCGUCUAUGCUGUGCGGAGCGAGGAUCGUCGUAGUUCCCGAACGAACUGCGCACAUGGACCCUCAUCAGAUCGCCUUCAUCUGUGAGAAUCACAAGGUCAACUGUCUCAUCGGGUGCUCCGACUUCAUCAGCGGCUUACUGCAGAGGAACCUGCGGCAUUGCUUCGAGGGGAUUUCCUCGGUUGUCACGACUGGAUACUCACCCGAACAAGGACGACUGAGAGAAAUGAGAGAAUUCUUCAGUCUGAGAGAGGAAGUCAAGAUAGCUUACGGAACGACUGAGACUAUCGGACCCGUCCUCAUUUCGUCCCAGGCCGAGAGCCCUCCGAUGAAGGCGGUCCCGUUGCCUCACUUCAAAGUCCGUGUCGUGAACUCCCGGAACGAGCCUGUCGCUCCGGGCUUCGAGGGAGAAAUUUUGAUCAAAGGCACGUUUGUCGCCUCAGCCUAUUGGAGUGGAACGAGUCGCGAAGGGGACGAGCCUCACGACGAUGUCUGUCAAUGGAACAAUGACAAUUUCACAAGUGACGGCUGGUUCAGGACAGGAGACCUCGGCCUGUACAACGAAUACGGUCACGUGACGGUCAUUGGUCAGAUGCAAGACGUGAUCCCUCUAGACAAACACCGCAUACACUGCUCAUUGCUCGAGGAAUUCUUCCUCGAACACGAAGCUGUCCGAGAAGUCAAAGUCGUGGCCGUACCUCGAGAGAACGGUCUAGAAGUCAUCGCCUGCAUAGUCCCCGACCCGGGCACGCCGGAUGCCGUGCUCCUGGCCGACCUGUAUGACGCGAUCGACUCGUCGGCGUUCCCUGUCAAUCGAGUUCACAGGGUAUUUCUUUUCGACGACCUGCCCAGGACUGCUUGGAGACGACCUUCGAGGAGGAUCCUAAUAAGCCAAUUAAGAACUACAUCGCUCUAA